CUCAUUGGGCUUGUAAACUUGGGCCAAUUAUUGUGUAUCAAUAAUAAGCCCGUUCUAUUUAACACUCACCAGCCCAGCUGUGAUUCAAACUUUCGACGGUUGCGAUUCGGGAAUAGAAAAGAAACCGGCGAGCAUUGAAUCAAAGGAGAAACGGAACUUCGGAAGCAACUCCAAGAAACGGCAACCCUAUUAGAUGAUCUGAUCCCCGGCCAAAAGUUUUUUUUCACUCUCUGGAAAGGAAGAAACGCGGAUCCGCAACGGUUCGCCGCCGGAACCCCGGUGAAAUUCAUACCCCGCCAAAAAGAUUCAACGGCCAUUCGGUAAAAGGAACCCUAAUCCCCCAAUUCUCUUUACUUCCCUGCUGUCUGUGUUUACUUUUACUCGUGAAGAUCCAAACUUUUUUAGGCACUGAGAUCCGCUUGAAUGUUCUUCAUUCUAUUAGUUUAGCCUUCAUUAAUCAGGGAGCUUUUGCUUCCGAUUUGUUUAGUUCGGGAUCGAAAGUUGAAAACUUUUGAGCACAGGAAUGUUUCUGGACUGGUUAUUGGUUCAUCUAGUACAAGGAGAUUAACCCAUAUGGAUAAUGCUCCUUUUUUUAUGGUUCAAGCAAUGUAGUGUGUUUAUUAGCUGAGCUUCGAGCUCAGGAUGUUAUUGUGAUAAAUUCAUUUACUGUGAGAACUGUUUCCGAUGGAAUUUGACUGUCAAUUGUUUUCCUGGAGAAUGUAGAUAACGAUCCUGAUGGCAGUAACCUCUGCCGAGUGGUAGGAAUUUGCCAAUUUGAUAUUGUAUUUCAUGAAAAUAUCUUGCCCUUUAUUAAUAUCUUUGGUGUUGAUUUACAGCUGCAGCUACCUGGGUUUUGAGCAAUGCCAUCAGAAUCUGAUAAGUGGGGAUGGGAUCAUGUUAGUGUCUUUGGUGGAUUUGAUAAGGGAAGUGGGACUAAAAGGUGGAAGUGUAACCACUGCAAUCUGCGGUACAAUGGUUCUUACUCUCGUGUGAGAGCCCACCUGCUUGGUUUCUCUGGAGUAGGAGUGAAAAGUUGUCCAGCCAUAGACAGCUCUUUGAGAGAAGGAUUCCAGAUCUUAGAGGAAGAGCGGCUUGAUCGAAAGAGGAAGAAGCAUGCCACCAGUGGUGGGAAACCUGGAAAGCGUACCAAGACUGCUCAGUUAGCUAUCGCCUGGAAGAACGUCUCCAAGAAAGAUGUGGACGACAUGGUGACCAGAUUCUUCUUUGCAGAUGGUGUGAAUGUGGAUCUUAUCGAGUCCCCUUACUUUCUAGAUAUGGUCAAAGCGAUUGGUGCAUUUGGGUUUGAGUACGAGGCGCCCUCUGUGGAUGAGUUGACUGACUCCUUAAGUAGAGAGAAAUGCAGGAUCGAAAAGGCAGUAUCUCUACUUAGGGAUUCCUGGCCACAUACUGGGUGUUCGGUAGUAUGUGUAGCUGCUCCUUCAGAUGGUGGGUCAGGUAGCUCUCGUGCAAGCUUGUUUGUCUCAAGUCCAAGGGGGAUUUUGUUCUUGAAGGCAGCUGAUGUGGAUGGUAGUAGUGACGGGAACAGUCCGUUAGUUGAUGCACUUACCGAUGUGAUUGAGGAAGUCGGUCCUGCAAACAUUGUACAGGUAAUCUCACACCUCGAUGGGGUCAGUAAAUCAUAUGAAUCAUCCAUCUCUUCCAAGUUUCCAAGUAUUAUUUGGUCUCCCUGCACUAGACAGUCCAUGAAAACGUUCAUGGAUGAAAUAUCUGAACUGGAAUGGGUUAAACCGAUCAUUUCACAUGGCAAGGCUAUUGAGGAAUGCAUGGCUGUUUAUCAUGGAAAUUCCCAACCUCUUUCUCUUUUGAAUCUCAAAUAUGAUUCUGAUCCUAUCUCCACUAAGCUUGCACCUUCAUACUGCUUUCUCAAGAAGAUUUCUGAGCUUAGAGAACCAUCACAAGAGGUUAUUGCCUGUGAGGAAUGGAAGCAAUGGAAACUUAGUUUCGGGAAAGAUGUUUCUACUAUUGAGUGUUCCAUAUCAGGGCACAGUUUCUGGAACAAAGUUCAUCUGCUGCUACAGCUAUACGAGCCGUUUGUGAGAGGAAUCACUUCAAUCGAUAUGGACAAAUCCCCUCCUGGUGCUGUUUGUGAUUGGAGAAUUCAAGCAGUGGAAGCACUGAGGAAGGACAAUAAAGUUAGUGAUCAGGGCUUACUGAAUCAGCUAGAAGGGCUCAUUGACACCAGAUGGGAUACACUAUUCUCUCCUCUUCAUGCUGCAGGUUACAUACUCGAUCCGAGAUUUUUUGGUAAAGGUCAAGGUAAGGACAAACAUGUUAUGCGGGGAUGGAAGACUGUUUUAGAAAAAUACCAGACUGACAGCAAUGGAAGACGGAUCCUGAGGGAGCAGCUGAGCUCUUACUGGCGCCAAGAGGGGUCUCUAGGUGAGGAAGAUGCUGUUGAUUGCAGGGAUAAGAUGGACCCUGUUGCUUGGUGGGAGAACUUUGGUUCUGAGACACCUGACCUGCAAACCCUAGCCAUAAGGGUUCUCAGCCAAGUCUCUAGUGUUGGAAUGUGUGAUGAGAUCUGGCAGACUAAUGGGUCUUCGUAUCAAGACGUCGCCAACAGACUGGGAGUACAGAAGGCCGAGGAUCUUUUCUUUGUUAGGAACAACCUCAGACUUCAUAGCCAGAGAAAUGGGAAUUUAGGCGGCUGUGCUUCAUCAUCUGGCCCAAGAACUAUGCUGGCUACCUUGCCUUCAGAAGUAGAAGAUUCUAUGCCUAUUAAUCAUGAGCCAGCAGUAGAAGAUGUUCAUGAUGAGACAGUGGCUGGAUCUUCUUGAUCAUUUUGAUGGUUCGUGUAUGGAAAGUUGGAAACAGUGAACUUACUUUAUGGAGUCGAUGCCUAUUAAUAUUUGCUGAAGACUUUGUGAAUGUUCUGAACAUUAGUGUAUCCCGAUUCCCAAGAUUGUUAGUUUCAAUAGAUUACUUCUUGUGAUAGAUUACUUGUUCCUUCAUGCAUCACUUUUCCUCUAUAUCCUUUGUAGCCAUAGUGAAAAGUUGCAUGAUACUUCUUUGUGAACUCUUGAGCAAAGUAGUGUAGAGUGAGUGGUAAAAAAUGUGUUCCAAACAAUGUUCUGCAGCAAAUGUAACUAUAAAAGCUGUUGCUUCAGUCGUUUCUCUCUUUUGAGCACAAAUCAUAAUGGCAGAAAGAUCAUAAAAAAUAUAUAGACAUAGGCUUA